AUGCGCAAAGCAAGAGUCUUUAGCCAUGAGACGGUCAUGCCACGCAUGUCGUGGUCGCCACGCAACCUGUACAACAUGAUCGCCCGUUCCACCGUCCCGUUCCACGCCUCGCAGACUUCGUUCACCAAGACCUCGCUUACCAUGUACCAGCAACGAUGGCGAUCCAAGCGUUUUCUGCGUGCAUAUCACGGCGACUGGAUCCCAGAAAAGCGAUUCAAGAGGUGGUUCCUCCCCACGGAUUUACCCAGCUUUGUGCCUCCCCAAGUAUCAGCUGCUUCUGCGUCUGCAUCCACCUCAGGUCCAAGGCGAGGUGGGCUAUUCGAUAAAGCGCUCCAGGCACGUCGAGCUCCCGCCUCCGCUGCUGCCGACGCCGCUGCUUCCAGCUCAUCGUAUGCUACAGUCACACAGAAAAAGGUGGUGGAAGAGAUGGACCAGAUGCCCACCGCUUCGCUCUUCAUGCGUGACAUCGAACGUAGGCUCGACGUGGCUGUCUUCCGUUCGUGCUUUGCUCGUUCUGCAUACGAGUCGAGGGGACUGGUCGUGCAGGGCAAAGUGAAGCUCAACGGCGUCAAGUGCUCCAACCCCAACCAGCUGCUUCAGCCCGGCGACCUCAUCAGCGUUGAGCCAUCAGCAGUGCCCAUGCUCAGCCAGCAACUUGCCGACAAGGCCAAAGCUCAGAAGGUCAAUGAUACCGUUUCGGGAGAAGCAGAGGCCACCGAAGCUGAUCAAUCCGAGGCUGCUACCGAUGCGACCAAGCAAAACGAGUCGGCCAGCGAAGAAGCCGCUGCAGCACCAUCCAAUACCACUACCGAGAGCAACGAUUCCUCUGCCUCGUCCACUUCCGCCCCAGCCUCGGACAAGGGCAAGAACAAGGAAAAGACGCUCGCAACCGGGGUUUUGCCAUUCACCCUCCCAGACUAUGCUGCACCGUUCCUCUUCAUCCCGCCGUACCUCGAAGUCUCGUUCACCACAUGUUCGGCCAUUUACGUCCGUCAUCCAACUAUCGUCCCCUACAAAACCGUCUCGGCCGACGGUAAGGCACGCUGGACCUUCCGCACGGAUCUGCCCUCCCCCUACCCUGCUGGCGGCGAACUCUACUCGAUGGCCUGGGAACACUACACACGCAAUGCGCCUCGCACGCGUGCCGAUGCGCGUCGUGUCAAGCUCGAAGCCAAAGUCGGACGCAACGGAUUCGAUUCGGAACGUGCAAAGGAUCAGAAUAUGAAGCGCACCGCGCUGAGGAGGGGUUGGGGAAGGACGAAGCCCGUCGCGGGCUGGAGAAGGCACUUGGCCGCUGCUCAGGCGAGAGGGGCCAGCAAGAGUGGCAAACAGGCGACUGCUCGUGUCGUCGCAUGA